AUGACUUCUCAGUGGCCGAAUUCACCGGAGCCUAUGCUCGACGAGUUGCGAGAUGACCACAGCCAUGGUGGCGAUAUCGCGCUCCGCCCGCUGCCCAGCAUACACGAGCCACGAGGCCGUGAAGAUGGGAGGCCUACCAAUCGGAGCGACGACGACCACGUAAACCCCUCGCAGCGGUUGAACCCUGACACGGCCAGACUGAGUCCUAGCCGGGACCCCUCGCGCGGCGCCGCCUCGCACCCAAGCACGCGCAGCAGCUGGGAUGUGACCGGCUCGCUUCCCCUGGACUCCCGAUCCAUGACGACAGACCACUCCUCCCACGCUCUGGCCCAACCGAGCGACGAACCGCCCAAGCCAGUGGUCCGGCGGCGGGAGCGGCGCAUCGUCGUCACCCCGAGCCAGGACCGGCUCGUGCACCGGCGUCUGCGCGGCAUCCAUCUAUCUAUGAUCGCUGUCAACGCCACCCUCGGCACCGGCAUGUACUGGCGCGGUGGGCAGAUCCUCCAGCUCGGCGGGCCGCUCUCGACGCUGCUCGCCUUCCUGCUGCCCGGUGUGCUCGCCUGGGCCGUCAUGCAGUGCAUCACCGAAAUGCUGUGCAUCUGGCCCAUUCCCGGCGCACUGUCCGUCUACGUCAGCGAGUUCGUCGACCCGGAGCUCGGCAUCGCCAUCGGCAUUACCUACUGGUUCACCUACGCGGCCUCGUUCGCAGCGCUCGUGGCCACCUCGGCCGCCGAGAUCCACUACUGGAAGCCGGAAAACAAGGCGUUUGACGGCGCCGUGCUGUACUUCCUGAUCCCGUGCUUCCUGGUCUUCCUAAACUGCUUCAGGAUUGAUAUAUACGGAUGGUUCGAGGUGAUCAGCAGUAGUAUCAAAGUGGUGUUUCUGUUGGUCGUCAUUUGCUGCAUGGUAGCCAUCAACGUUGGCGGUAGGCUGCUGCUUCCCUCCCUCUCUGACAGGGUCAUUGCUGACGAGAUGAUCAUAGCUGGCACUACCCACCAAAUCAUCGGAGCCGGAUUUUGGGACCAUCCCAUCGAAUACGACCACAACGCAGCCAGUAGCUGGUUCAACAGCCUCGCCAUGUCCAUUUCAAUCGCCAGCUUCGCCUACGUCGGCGUCGAGGUCGUUGCCGCCUCGGCCCUCGAGGCGCGCUGGCCCAACGGCAACUUGCGCACCAACUCGGACCUCAGCGAGCGCUCACACGAGGAGCUGCUCAUUGGGGAGACGGUCCGCUUCUCCUCCGUCUACAUCCCCGUACUAGCCACCAUCGCCUACGUGCUUGCCGGCGUGCUCGCCUCCUUCAACAUCCGCCGCGACGACUGCCGCCUGCCGCGUCUCAGCUGGGUCGCCAACGAAAAGUGCGACGGCAUCACCACUAACCCAUCGUCAUCCUCUUCCUCCGGCACCACCACCUCGGCCUUCGUCGCCAUCGCCAUCGAGGCCGGCCUCUCCCCGCUUGACCACGUCUUCAACAACUUCCUCGUCUUCACCGCGCUCACCUGCGCCGGCACAAACCUCUACGUCGCCUCCCGCGCGCUCUUUGGCCUCGUCGCCCGCCUCGACGACGCGCCCAGCCAGCCCUGGCCGCUGCGGCUACUCGCCUGGUUCGGCAAGACGAACCGUCACCGCGUCCCCAUGCGCGCCAUGAUCCUCUCCGCGCUAUCCUUUUGCUGGGUGCCCUUCCUCCAGCUGCACGGCGAGUCGGCCAACAUCUCCAUGUUCAUCGAGAUCCUUGCCACCAUGUCCACUGCCUCCGUCAUCAUUGUCUGGGCCUUUGAGUGCUGGGCCUUUAUCCGGUACUAUCAUUGCAUCUAUAAACAUCGCGAGGCGCUCGAGAGGUGGGAGCUCUCCCAGGUCCGCCGCUGGGACCAGAGACAUUACCGCGACUACCCGUAUCGAAGCCACAUGCAGCCAUUUCUCGGCUACAUGGCGCUCGCCGGCUGCCUCUUCGUCCUGGUCGUGGCCAACAGCGCGCUGCUCUGGAAAAAGUUCCAUCCGACCCCGUUUCUAUCCACGUUUCUCCUGCAAAUUGUCUUCUUCGUGGUGUGCAUUAUUCUCAAAGUCUUUCGCGGCGGCAGCUGGUCGCUGGUUGAUUUAAGCAACCCUGAUCGGGUAGCUGAGAAAAUUAGAAAGCUGCAUGACAUUCGACUAGGCGCUAGCUAG